AUGGAUUCCUCUAUGAAGAAACAGGCCCUGAGCCUGCUCUCCCUGCCUGUACUGGGAUUCGCUUUGGCUGGGUUGAUCGUCACCAAAAUCAUUUAUGCAUUCUUUUUCCACCCUCUACGCCACAUUCCAGGCCCGGCGCUCGCAAAAGUAACUGAUAUCUGGCACCUAUAUCAUUGCUGGGGUGGAAAACGGCACCAUGUCUUGGUCGCACUUCACAAAAAAUAUGGUCCUUAUGUUCGAGUCGGACCUAACAUGGUUUCAACCAAUUCCUCGAGUGCAAUUCCCGCGAUUUAUGCUGCAGGAGCACCGGCCCUGAAGUCUCCUUUUUACGGAGCGUUUGCGCCGGGAAUGCCCAGUAGCUUCACGACCAAUGACAAGCUGUACAGAAAUAAGAAGCAAAUUUUGUCGGCAGCGUUUGCACCUCGCAAGUUGGAAUCCAUGGAACCUUUGAUCCGUCAGCACAUCGAUACAUUCUGUGAGACAAUUGCAACAGCUGGAAAGGUUGAUAUUGCAGUGAUGCUGGGCUCCCUUUCCAUCGAUGUUCUGUCUGAUUUAUGCUUCGGAAAAUGUUUCAAUACCAUGAACAAUGUGCAGGAGAGAGAUCGCAUUUUGGAGGCUAUGGAAAAGUCCGUCGAAUUGGUCAUUAGAGUAAGCACACCACAGCUUCAGCCGCGAGCCCACAAGCUAACUUCUCUUCAGGAAGGAACUAUGCACAAAUGGCCACGUGCUGUUUGGAAGGUUCUUCACUCAAAAGAAAAGGUGAUGAAGCGAGGCUACGUCUACCAGGUUUGUUUAUCUUGCUCCCGUCUCCAUUCGUUGAUAUUAACCAUACCCCGAAUAAAGAAAGCAGCCGAAGCCAUGAUGGAACAAAUGAACAGAAAAUCCGAACGGGAAGAUUUCUUCACAAAUAUUCUUCAGGCUCGUCACCCGGAAACUGGACUGCCAUACCCCAAGCCGGAACUGAUGGGUGAAGCAAUUCUUCUACUCUCCGUUUUACUCAGACUAAUGAACCCCAUGUAUAGUGUCGCCGGAUCCGAUACCACCUCUACCGCAUUGACCGUCAUCCUCUGGCACCUACUGGCGAACCCAAAGACGAUGGAGAAGUUGACAGCUGAAAUUCGUGGCAAUUUCAAGUCCACAGACGAGAUCAAGUACCAGACACUCCAGGGACUCCCAUAUUUGCACUCGGUCAUUGAGGAAGGUUUGAGAAUCUGCCCCCCCAAUCCCGGUUUGAUUCCACGCAUGGUUGUCGACCGAGCCCCAGGCCAUCUCGCCAUUGACGGCCGUAUUUUCCCUCCUGGCACUGAAAUUGGUGUUUGUAACAUGUCACUUCACCACAACCCUCUGUACUUCGAUGAUCCGGAUAACUUCAUUCCGGAACGUUGGAUGCCGGACUCCAAUAUCAAGUGUGACAAGGCUGCCUUCUCUCCAUUUUCCUAUGGUCCUCGUUCAUGCCUUGGCCGAAACAUGGCAUACAUGGAAAUGAGCUUGACCCUGGCUCUCCUCGUUUUCCGUGUGAAGCUAUCGUUCGGAGACCAUGCUAAGGAGAUGAACGCUGGAUUUGAUGUCGAAGAUGCUUUUGUUGCUAUCAAGCCAUCAGUUCCAGUUCGGGUUACCAGAGCCUAA